AUGUUUUGCUUGGGUUUACAUACACUGUUUCGCUGUCUCGUCACGGUAUUGACCAUAGUCAAUGCUUUCUUGCUCGCCUAUCUCUACUUUGGAUGCCAGAACACCAGUCACUCAUCCAUCUAUGCUGCACGCUUUUCAUUCAACCAGUCAUCGCCCGUUCUGGGACUGCUCGCUGACUCUUAUAACUCUACAGUCGACCUCAAGCUCUACGUGGGUUUCUCUGGCGUAUGCUACAAGACCACAGGAGCUAUGCAAUGCACAACCCAAGUCGAUGCACUUGAAAAAAAAUUCCCCGGAAUUGCGUUGUACGACUCGACCUCGAACUCAACAGCGGCAACACUUGAUAUUGUCCGGGUUGCCUCCAAAUUCGAAGACACUGUUGACCCACGAGCAGUCCUCACCAACCUCGUGCUCAUCUUGUUUACAUUCGGGGCUUCUGCCUACACUUCCUUGCCGUUUAUGCCAUGGAAACACGUCGCCCAGACCGUUUUGGCAGGAGUCUCACUGCUGGCCGCAAUUAUGUGCGGGUUUACCACAAUGUGGCUGCAUGUUGCGGUAGAGACUGCAACUCGAUUGAUUAGUCCGGGAUCCAUGGGCGUAAUAAAUGUUGUGGCGGGAAACAGUGCAGCUGCAAUGGCAUGGACCUCUUUUGUAUUCACUUUGCUGGUGGCAUUGGCAGCAAUAUGGUUGUUUGUAAAGUCAAAGCGGGCGGAACAACCCAAUAAUCUUCGUGCCAAGGUAUGA